CAGUGAAUUUGAAUGAAGCCUCUUUCAGCACCCCUAGCAUCUCUGAGAGUAUGUUUAGCGUAUCUACCUCACAGGUCUCCCAACCUAGAAGAUACUCCUUUUCCACUCUCAGUUCCUACCUCCAUGCUAUGAUUAAGAGGAAUACACUCCAAGCAAUUCUUUCUGAAAGAUAAAGUCUCCUUCAUUGGGUGUCCUAACUAUUAUAAUAGAAAAUUCCAGCGCUGACAACUCUGUAGCCACAUCUGCUGAAGCUGAACAGUCAGAACCUGACUGUGAAAUUAGUGGGGUACUUGAGGCUGGCCCUCAGAAUGAGCAGUCUUCUCUUGUCACUUCACCAGACAACCUUGUAGAUCAACAUAUAGAAAAUAUAUCUGCACAUAGAAAGGGAAAGAUGACAAAAUCAGAAUUUGACUCGGAAGUUGCUGCAACUGAGCAAAAGACAAAUCCCAAAUCUGCACUGAAUGCUUCGGGUAACAUAAGAGGGGAGAGAAAAGCAGGAGAAAUUGACCCAACUUCUGUAAUAACCCCAAAGGACCCAGGAGACAUUCCUACAUUUGAUGAAUGGAAGAAACAGGUUAUGGAAGUGGAAAAAGAAAAGAGUCAGUCAAUGCAUCCAUCCUCCAAUGGAGGUCAGCAUCUCACAAAAAAGGUCCAGAAAAAUAGGAAUAAUUAUGCUUCAGUAGAGUGCGGUGCCAAAAUAUUGGCAGCUAACCCAGAAGCAAAGAGUACCUCAGCAAUACUGAUGGAGAAUAUGGACCUCUACAUGCUUAAUCCAUGCAGUACUAAAAUCUGGUUUGUUGUUGAACUUUGUGAACCAAUUCAAGUGAAGCAGCUGGACAUUGCCAAUCACGAGUUAUUCUCAUCUACUCCCAAGGACUUUCUGGUCUCUAUUAGUGACAGGUAUCCAACAAAUAAGUGGGUCAAGCUAGGCACUUUUCAUGCUAGAGAUGAAAGAAAUGUCCAGAGUUUUCCUCUGGAUGAACAGAUGUAUGCCAAAUAUGUUAAGAUGUUCAUCAAGUACUUAAAGGUGGAGUUGGUAUCCCAUUUUGGAUCAGAACACUUCUGUCCGUUAAGCCUUAUAAGGGUCUUUGGAACUAGUAUGGUUGAAGAAUACGAGGAAAUAGCUGAUUCACAGUACCAGUCUGAAAGACAGGAGCUCUUUGAUGAAGACUAUGAUUAUUUGGACUACAAUGUCGGAGAAGAAAAAUCUUCAAAGAAUCUUCUGGGCUCUGCUACAAAUGCCAUUUUAAACAUGGUAAAUAUUGCAGCUAAUAUUCUUGGAGCAAAAACUGAAGAAGGGUCUACUGAGCAAGGAAAUACAAGCAUAGCUGAAAAUGCAACUGCCACUUCUGUGGCAGCCCCCGAACUGCCAGAGCCAACCAGUGUUCCUACCUUAGAGCUUGUUACUUCAGAGAUACCACAGACUGAAAAGGAGCUGUUAAUCUUAGAUAUAACAAGAGAGAGCCCAAUUGUUCAGCUAGUCCAUGAAUAUGAAGAGGAAGCAAGUCUAUCAACGGUGACCCUACUGGCCAGUGAUGAACAAGAGGAAGAAAUACCGUGGUUUGAGAGUGAAACACAGAUCUAUUGCUCUGAGCUGGUGGCAGUCUGUUGUAUUUCCAGCUUUUCAGAAUAUUUGUUCAAGUGGUGUUCAGCAAUAGGGAUGCUUCAUCAUCAUCACAGCAAAACUGAUAGCACUUUGCAAAAAUAUAACUCUGCAGAUAUUUGGCAAGUCCAGUUAGUUCCAACCAAAUCAUUGCAUAUUUCAGUAUAUGAGGAACCUGUAGAGAAAUCAGAAACCUUAAUUGCAGAGCCAUCUGAAAUUGUUGUGAACAUCUCAAGCAGUAUGUUGAAUGAAGUUCAUAUUAAUCAGUCUGAAGGUGCUUUUGAACUGGAGCCCAGUCAUCCACAGACAGUAUCUCAGUCUGUCCUCUUGGAUGUUACCACAGGAGCCAAGUCACUUUCUACAGUCGAAGUGUCCUCAGAAGCUACAGAACAUCAGACUAUAUCUCAGGGUCCAGAAGUAUCUUCCCAAGAGGAAAUCUCUGCAGAAGAUGAUGGAGUUAUAGGGUCUGCUGUGGAGAAGCUACCUGCAACCAGUAUUUUAACUGAUUUCAAGGAGGUGAGCACAGAAGAAAAAACAACAGCUGAAAUUGUUGGAAAACUAACAGAAACUAUUUCACAUCCUGAAUGUACAGUAGCCACAGAAAACUAUGAUGGAGAAAUGAAAGUGAGUUCUUCAGAAAUGGAAAAGCAAAUGGCAUCUCUUGUAGAAUCAUCAUCUUUGGAAGUAAAAGAUGAUGAACAGACAGCUGAUGAAACAUUUCUUGCUAUUCCUGUCUCUGGUGGUGGAUUGCCACGAACUGCUACAGACUUCUAUGCUGAACUGCAGAAUUCCACGGAUUUGGGUUAUGCAAAUGGGAAUCUUGUUCAUGGAUCAAACCAAAAAGAGUCUGUGUUUAUGAGACUCAACAAUCGUAUUAAAGCCCUGGAAGUAAAUAUGUCUCUCAGCAGCCGUUACUUGGAAGAACUUAGUCAAAGAUACCGAAAGCAAAUGGAGGAAAUGCAGAAAGCUUUUAAUAAAACUAUAAUAAAGCUCCAGAAUACAUCACGUAUAGCAGAACACCAGGAUUUGAAGCAGACUGAGGCUAUCCAGAUUCUACAGGCACAACUGACCAACAUGACACAGCUAGUGUCCAACCUCUCAUCAACUGUGACUGACCUAAAAAGAGAGGUUUCUGAUCGUCAAAGCUAUCUUGUCAUUUCCUUGAUACUCUGUGCUAUCUUAAGUUUGAUGCUUUUUGUGCAACGUUGCAAAAAUAAGCCUGAGAUGGGUGAUGAUUAUUUCUCAAAAGUUCUCAAAAGUAAUCACUAUCCUAGUCCCAAAAGAUGUGUUUCAUCCUAUGAUGAUAUGAAUUUGAAAAGAAGAACAUCCUUUCCACUCACCAGAUCUCAGUCUUUUCAGUUAAACAGUAAAGAAGUAGACCCAGAUGACUUCUAUAUUGUGGAACCAUUGAAAUUUUCUCCAGAAAAAAAGAAGAAACGUUGUAAAUAUAAAAGCGAGAAAAUUGAAACUGUCAAGCCAGUAGCUGAGCCAGUACAUCAGGUACCUAAUGGAGAAAUAAAAAGCAGGAAGCCAUUUACAAACCAGAGAGACUUCUCUAAUAUAGGUGAUGUGUAUCACUCUUCAUACAAAGGUCCUCCAUCGGAAGGAAGCUCUGAAACCUCAUCACAGUCUGAAGAGUCCUAUUUUUGUGGCAUUUCAGCAUGCACAGGUUUGUGCAAUGGACAGAUCCAAAAGACAAAAACUGAGAAGAGGGCUCUUAAACGAAGGCGAUCUAAAGCCCCAGAACAGGAGAAGCUCAUAAAAACUUUAAUACAGACUAAGACGGGGUCCUUGCCCAGCCUGCACGAUAUCAUCAAAGGAAACAAAGAUUUAACUGUGGGAACACUUGGUGUCACAACUAUUUCUGGGCACCUUUAGAAUUAAUUGAACUCUUCAUAAUGACAACUUUUUAUAUGAUGACUCUUGUAGUAUUUGGAUGACAGGGAAGAAGACUUCACUUCAUUGGGAAACAUCUAGAAAGUAUGGUGAUUGUUUUAAAGGUAGAUAGCAUUGUGGCAAAGGCCAUCCUUGGUUAAUAAGCUCCAGCUGUUUCAAAGCUGACUUUAUAUAUGGACAACUUUGGGAUGAAUGCGAUUGUGGAAUAGGGACUCAUUUUUAGUGUUUUACAGUUGCUGGCGUUUUAAAGUCUGAGGUCAAAGUUCAAUUUCAGUGGAACAGAGCUAAAUCAUAACUGUUUCCCCUUUUUUGUGGUCCUAUUUCUAGCACCUUCCCAUAUUUUUGUGCCUUUUUUCUAUUUGUAAGACUACUGGAGGGGAACAAUUCUAUUUGUACCUUUAAAUUUUCUGAAAAUACAGCGCUGCUGUGUAACUGAACACUAUGUUGGCCUCCAAGGAGAUGAAGCAAUAUGACUUUGAUGCUUUGGAACUACUGCCAGGUAAACUCUUUUUAAAUUGAGCUGGAUGAUAAUAUGGUCCUCCAGGUGUUAUUGGAUUACAAGUUCUACAUCCAUCAGCCCUCCAUUGGCUGUGCUAAAUAGCCUAGUAGGGUUUGCUGUCAACCACAUGUGGGGUCCACAUAUUGCCCACCCAUGCUUUAGAUCUUUGUUUUGCAAAUUUAUUUGUGCCCAGAAUUAUGUACAUCUGUUGCAGUAAUUAAUAUCACUUUUCUGUGGUACUGUACCCCUUCAGGAUGUGAUACUAACACAUUUGCCUUGUGACCAGACUGGCUUAAUUAACAGAGAUUAAUACCAUUGUGAUGUUUAGAUGUCUUCCUGUACUAGGAAAUUGGGAAAGACCAUUUGCCCCAGUUUUAGAUAAAUGAGGCCAUCACUAGCAACAGAGAGUUUGGAAUAUGGCACAAUCUACAUUCUGUUCCAAAAUAUGUGUUCAUAAUGUUUAUAUUGGAUGAUAUAGGUCUGAAUGUGUGUGCAUGUAUUUCUACUUUCUUACAUGAGUUAAUGAAUAGCUAGAAUGAGAGUACAGCAGAAUGAGUGUGAAAGAAAUGUUUGUCCUUUCAAUGUUACAUUGUCCAAGUUAACUUAUUGAGCACUUUCAGUAGCACCUCCUUAUUUUUCCUAAGAGGGAAUGCCUUUCCUAAAUAUCAUACAUAAUGUGACUUAUUUAAAAUCUUUGUUUUGCAGCUUUCAUGUGUUAGAGUACUUUUUACAGUGGUGUACUUAGACUGCACAGCUAGCCAGUCAAAUACAUGGACCUGGGUUUUUGUGUUGCUGUUUUUUUUUCCAAGAUUGAGAAGGGGGCCCAAACCAGAAUGGAAAUCAGAAGGAUUGUACUGUUCGCGUGAAUCUUCCAAAUUGCGGCACUGGAACUUGUAAUCAAUUACAGAUUUAUAGUGCCAGUAGAAACUGUGAAUUUUCAAAUAAAUUUGAAUACUUGUAAUUAAA